AUGUCACAAUCAGAUGAACAGAAGGACAUUCCUUCUUCAUCAACUUCAGGAAUUACUGGAGGAGUAGGGAUUCCAGCACAAAUUCCAGCCAGACGACUAUUUGAUAAUACUUCUGACGAAUCAGAUGUUUCAUUGGACAACGAUGACAAAACUGGAGCUGAAACGGAUGGAUCUUCAUCAAGUCGUGGAUGUUUGAAGAACGACAGAUCACGUAAAGAUCACGCCGGUAGUUCAACUGUAAGGGCUGUUCGUGCACCUCAGCAGGUUUCUUGGUCCUUCGGAGCAAAACCAGCGACUCCGCACUCUCAACCGCCUGCUGGGCUCAAAAAAGUUCCCGCAUUUGCUGCCACGUCAUCAACAUCACAAGCCGGUUCAUCUGCUUCCACAUCCGUUGCUCGAAAGUCAUCUCUUGUCGGCGGACGUGGAUCAGCAUCAUCCUCUGGCCAUACAAGUCCUUCUCCAUCUGAAUCGCCCGCUCGGAACGCCGGUUGCUCAUCAUCUGGUGAAUCGAACCCUGACAGAUCUCUAGCUACUCCUCCUCUUCCACCUGCUCUGAAACAUUCCGGCAAAGACGGUCAUUAUCGAGGCCAACGUUCAAUGUCUCUUGGAGGACCAGCUCAUGAAAUGUUGAUGUCACAACUUGGAGGUCGACAAGGAAACACGGUCGAUUGUUCACCUGGAGAAGGUGACAAAGUGUGCCUUCUUGUAGACCAGACACGCUUUCUCGUGUCGCAACGACUUCUCACUUCGAAACCUGACACAAUGCUUGGUCGGAUGUUUUCAAUGCGAGCAUCAUGCGGUGAUUUGGGUGCUGAUCUCGUUUCUCCAAAUGAGAGAGAUGAAUUUGAAGUGGCUGAUGGUAUGACAGCUUCAUGUUUCCGAGCGAUUCUGGAUUAUUAUCAGUCGGGUACAAUGAGAUGUCCAUCUUCUGUAUCUGUAUCAGAAUUGCGUGAAGCAUGUGACUACUUGCUGGUUCCUUUUAACGCUCAAACAGUGAAGUGUCAGAAUCUGCACGCUCUACUCCACGAGUUGUCUAAUGAAGGAGCACGUGAGCAGUUCUCUCAGUUUCUCGAAGAAAUAAUUUUACCUCAAUUGGUUGCUUCGACAGAGCAUGGAGAACGAGAAUGCCACCUCGUCGUACUUCUUGAUGACGACGUUGUCGAUUGGGAUGAUGAAUAUCCACCACAAAUGGGAGAGGAAACAACACACGUUGUAUAUUCAACACAUCUUUAUAAGUUCUUCAAAUACGCAGAAAACCGAGAUUGUGCAAAGCAAGUGUUGAAAGAACGUGGUCUCAAAAAGAUUCGAUUGGGAAUGGAGGGUUAUCCCACACACAAGGAGAAAGUUAAGAAGCGAUUUAACAAAGCGGAAGUAAUUUACAAUUAUGUGCAACGUCCAUUUGUCCACUGCUCCUGGGAGAAAGAAGAAGCGAGAAGCCGUCAUGUCGAUUUCGCUUGCCCCAUUGUCAAAUCAAAAUCCAAUCCUUCCUUGGCUGCGGCAGCAUCUGAUCCCCUCCCACAACCUGCCCCUCUUCAACAACAACAUCGGGUCGCGGUUUUCGGAGAAGCUGCUCCUCUUGCAGCGCAACAUCGAUUCGAUGAUGCCCAAUUUGCUCAACCGAUGAUCAAUCAAGUGAUGCAGCAACAGCCACAACAACCACAGAACAAUGCAAUGCUCGGUGUUAAUGUUCAGCAACAGCAGCAUAACCAUCCCCUUCAUUCACCACCUGUUCAUUUCCAGCAAAACGACAGAGAUGAAGAUUAA